GUUUGGAAUUCGUGCCGACUCGCCGUCAAUACUGUUCAAGUCGCAUACAGCUAAGUUUAAGCCAGGCUUCGCAUACUCCGUCGACUUUCGAUACAAUGUCCACAGCACAUAGACCGACAUGGGAUCCUGCCCAAGCUCGUGAUGUGAAAGGUGGCUCUCGACAGUUCUCUGUCCGAGACAUGGCAGCACACACGAAGCUCAAAUUCCGGCAACCUGGACAAACGUCCGUUGGGGACGUCGCACGGAGAGACUUACGUAUGGAUCUAUUAGCAGCGGAGGAAGAAGCACGAAACAAGAAGCGAAAAGCAGAGGGAAAGCCACCGCUACCGCUCACACUCACAAAUGGAAACGCGACGGAGGCAGGGGAUGAGGCUAACAAGCGGAGGAAGCUAUUGGAAGAAGCUCUGGAGCUGGACAAGGACGAUGAUGACGACGACGAGAAAGAGGAAGGUACUGAGUCUAGAGAGCAGGAGAAUGGGGAAGAGCAGGACGAGGAAAGUGAAGAGUCGGAUGAGGAAGAUGAGACCGCUGAGUUGAUGCGUGAGUUGGACAAGAUCAAGAAAGAGCGGGCAGAAGAGAAGGCCCGUCAAGAGCGGGAACAGAAUGCGAGUGCCGCAGUGGCACGAGAAGCUGAGAUAGCUACCUCAAAUCCUCUCUUAAAUCUUGCUGCAGCAUUGGGGCAAUCACCUGGUGUGAAUACAACCAUACCAGGGACAUUUUCCGUGAAACGGAGAUGGGAUGACGACUUAAUAUUUAAGAAUCAAGCAGCGAAUCAGAAAGACAAAUCUGGCCAAUUCGUCAACGACCUGCUACGGACAGAAUUUCACAAAAAAUUCAUGGCGAAGUUCAUUAAGUAAAGAGAUAAACUAUGUACAUUAUGGCCGCUUUAUUGCAAUACCCAGCUGGGCUUUCCAUCCUUUGGCCCCCACUCUGACU